AUGGGCGGCGAGGCGGGGUCCACGGCGGCCGCGGGUCUCGAGGGCCGCGUGAAGAGCCUGGGUCUUGUGUUCGAGGACGAGCGCAAGGGCUGCUACGCCGGCGGCGAGACGGUGGCCGGGCUCGUGCUGCUGGAGGCGGCGGAGCCGGUGGCCGUCCGCGCGCUGCGCCUGGAGGCCCGGGGCCGAGCCACCGCCGCCUGGGGCCCGGGCUCCGCCGUCGGCGCAAUCCCGGCCGCCGCCUCGGAGGUGGAGUACCUGGACGUGCGCCUGAGCCUGCGCGAGCCCCCGGCGGGUGAAGGCAUCAUUUUAUUACAACCUGGGAAACAUGAAUUUCCAUUUCGCUUCCAGCUUCCAUCUGAAUCAUUGGUCACGUCGUUUACUGGGAAGUACGGGAGUAUCCGGUACUGCGUGACUGCAGUCUUGGAAAGACCCCGGGUGCCAGACCAGAGCGUGAGGCGCGAGCUCCACGUUGUCAGUCACGUUAACGUCAACACGCCAGCUUUGUUGACCCCCGUAUUGAAAACUCAAGAGAAAAUGGUUGGCUGUUGGUUUUUCACUUCUGGUCCAGUCUCGCUAAGUGCCAAAAUUGAAAGGAAGGGAUACUGUAACGGAGAGGCGAUCCCCAUCUACGCGGAAAUCGAGAACUGCUCCUCGCGUCUCAUUGUCCCCAAGGCAGCUAUUUUCCAAACCCAGACCUACUUGGCGAGUGGGAAAACGAAGACCGUGCGCCACAUGGUCGCCAACGUGCGAGGAAACCACAUUGCUUCCGGGAGCACGGACACGUGGAACGGGAAGACCCUGAAGAUCCCGCCCGUCACGCCCUCCAUCCUGGACUGCUGCAUCAUCCGCGUGGACUACUCCUUAGCUGUAUACAUUCACAUCCCUGGUGCUAAAAAACUGAUGCUCGAGCUGCCGCUGGUGAUCGGUACAGUCCCUUACAGCGGCUUCGGCAGCAGGAACUCCAGCGUGGCCAGCCAGUUCAGUAUGGACAUGAGCUGGCUGACCCUCACCCUGCCCGAGCAGCCCGAAGCCCCGCCCAAUUACGCAGACGUGGUAUCAGAGGAGGAAUUCUCCAGACACGUUCCCCCGUACCCGCAGCCUCCCGACUGCCAGGGGGACGCCUGCUACCCGAGGUUUGCCUGCAUUCAAGAAUUCCGCUUCCAGCCUCCACCUCUUUAUUCGGAGGUUGACCCACACCCAAGCGAGGCAGAGGAGAGUCAGCCUGUUUCCUUCAUUCUCUAGACCUCCUCCAGACCUCCCCUUGGCCCUCGCCAAGACUGUCCCCCGCCUCUCUCUUUGCUGUGCGGGAGGCCAAGGAGGGAAGGUCAACUUAAGAAUAUAAAAGAUCACCAAGGAGGAAGGCAAUAGAAGUUAAAGACUACAAGAACUUUCUAGUGGGCCCACAAAAGGGGUCUGCACACGUGUAGAGGAUGGUGCUGUGGCUCCCAUUCGGGGAUGAAGAGUCAGAAGGUUCUGGAAGUGUUGGUGGUGAUAGAGCAGGUGGAGAAGGGAAUCCGUAAGGAGUGGACACGCCUUCACCGGGGUGUCUCACAGCGGACCGGACGUGCGGUGUGAGCCGCGUGACACGUGGCAGGCUGGGACGAGGCUCCGUUGGGGGUGAGUGUGAAUUAACGCGUGAAUGAGAAGGUGACCCACCAUCAAUACAAAGUGACACCCUCACGUUGCCAGCGCUUCCUGAUUCCUUACCAUGGUUCAUGAACUCGAGCAAGGACCGAACUUUCCACAAUGUUCUUUCUUGACACCAUAACGGUUCUCACUCCCGGAGAGAGAGGUUGACAGUGCCCUUUACAAAUUGGCUCAACAGUAUUAAGAAACCCAGACAGGGUUCCUUGGGAGGCCCGCCACUUCAAAUCCCAAAGAUGGAUUUCAGCCAGGCGACGGUGGUUCAAGCAGCUCUCGGGAGGCUGAGACCUGAGAGUCAGUCAGGGUUUUCGAAGCCUGCCCGGGUAGGAAAGUCUGUGAGACUCUUAUCUCUAGUUAUCCACCAAAAUGCUCAAGUGGCAGAGCACCAGGCUUGAGGGAAAAGAGCUAAGGGACUACACCCAAGGCCCUAAGUUCAGUCCUUGCUACGGGAACAAAAGAGUAACAAGAAAGUGUGUUCCAAGGAAGGCUGCCAGUUUGUUUCUUUUUUUUUUUUUUAAAUCACCUUUAGAAAUUUCCACCCGGUUAUAUGCUUGAUUUUCCUCAUCUUUUAUUUACCUAAGGGAACUUGUUUUUUGGGGGGGACAAAAGGUUAUAGCCUCAGGAUGCCUUGAUAACUGCACACAUACACACAAAGAAAAAA